UUUAUUGUUACUCAAAGAAUCCCUGGAAGAAGAUCUGGAGUGUGUGGACCAAGAGCUUGAAGAAUGCAGGCUGUGUCUGGUUUUAGGUGCAAAGAGCAGGGCGAGGGCUCUUUGCAGCAACUCAUGCCAAGAAUGGUACGGGUAACAGGAGGAUCAGGCUCCGGUGCUGGGGUUCUCCAAGGGCCUCAGAGAUCUUCUAAACCCCCUCGUGAGCUUAGUGUGGAAGAGCAACAGGAGCUACGGAGAAAGAUCAACAGUCGUGAGAGAAAGAGAAUGCAGGACCUUAACGUGGCCAUGGAUGCUUUACGGGAGGUCAUGGUGCCCUACUCUUCUUCCACUGGUGUGGGUGGAGCACUGCAGUACCCUUACCUCCCUCCUGGAGCCCCUCCGACCGGGCGCCGCCUGUCUAAGAUCUCUACGCUGGUGCUGGCCCGUAACUACAUCCUGCUCCUAGGCUCCUCCUUGCAGGAGAUGAGGCGUCUGUUGGGCGAGGUCAGCAUCGGGAUGGGCGCCAGCGGGACUGUACCACGUCUGCUGCUGACAGGAGGGUGGCCAUUUCUUACCGGGCCAGGACAGCUUCUGCUUUCCCCUCCUGAGCAGCAAAUGGGUGCAGCAAAGUGCCCUCUUCUGCCUCAGGGUACUCAGGAGGAGCCCUUGGCAUGGGGGUCAGGCAGCAUGUCGGUGAGCCCGGUGUGCCAGUGUGGGGUGUGCCGGACCCCACGGGUGGUGCAUGUUAAUCCCACCACACGCUUCCCAAAAUGA